AUUUUAUUGGAUGGUUUACUUUUUGUAGUUUUAAAUAAAUAACCAAUUAAAUGUGUGAGUGGUUUAAAGUGUAAAAAUUGCAAAAUGUUAUGUGACGACAGUUCCAAUAAGGUGUCCAAAAAUCCGUUGUGUGUGUUCUGCUUGUCGCCGCCGUUUUCAAUAAGAGCUUUUACACGUCCUCCUGAAAGGUCGGCGCCUCGACGCUUUUCAGUUCGUUGCUGGCGUCGCGACGGCUCUUCACUUCUCUCCGUUCGUCCACGUUUCAAAGCCGCCAAUCGGCGGUCCUCAAACUUCUUAACCAAAUAUUUAUCAGGAUUUUUCCAAACUCGAGCCAGGAGAAGUCUAACACUGCAGGAAGUCCUUGAAGAGAUACGGAAAGCUUGGAAUCCGCAAAGUUAUUGCACGAUGGAUGAAAAAUGGAACAAAAACAAUUCAAACGAAAUGCUUUCACCUGUCUUGCUGAGACGAAGACUGAGCGCACCGGAAACGAUAAUGCGAAAGCACAUGUUGGCUCAACAACGCUCCGACUCACAAGACAGCGAAAUUGCCCAAUCGGAAACAAAAAUCUACAGUUAUCGAAGCGAAAUGGAGGCUGGGAGUGAUUCAAACUUAAAUCGGAGACGCGAUCCUGACUUAAUGAGAAAAACAACGCUGUUAAGACGACUCUGGAGCCACACUAAACCUUUAACAAGUACACGAUUUUCCGGGAGUUUCCAUGAAUGGCAGCAUUCUUACGGAAAAUUAUAUUCGGGAAGAUCCACACAUUCCCUUACUUCAGUUCAUUCGUCUCCCGAACAUCUCGUUAAGUCGCAAAGCAAGAGGUCUCUCAACGAAUUUAGAACUUCGCCGCAACACAAAAAUAUCAACUCGAGAAGAUUAUCACCAAAACACCAAAAGAGGCAUUUCGAGACGGACAGUACUACUACUAAAACUACUACUACAACAACUCCAAAAACGACAACGACAACGGAAACGGAAACGAGCACGCGAUACACAAACACAAGCUACACCACAUUUUCGGACAAUUCGGACUCGGCCUACACCAACAGCAGAUCAAACUACACGGAAACUUCAAACAACAAUUCAACUCCAUCCGAAAUUUACAAAGACGUUCUUGAAGAUACGGAAGCGUCGAAUCAGGGGUGUCAACUCCGAUGUGCUAACGAAACGGCAACGCAAACCAUCGGUACUACCAACGUUAACGUUAUCUCAAACGUGCAGUUGAGCCAAUCAACUUUGGACUUAAUUUUUAAUCAAGUGAUGCAAGACGUGAAAAACUCUAGUGAUGUUUCUAGUGAAUCUAAUAUCGUACAAGUGAAACAAAUUCCGAGUUUUUAUCUCAAAAGAAAAGACAGUGAGGACAAUUCGCAACAUAGUAGGAUAGUUAAAUGCAUGAUUAGCAAUGUCGGUGCUGGUAGUCCCUAUACCAAGCCGCCGGAAGUUCCCCAAAUUGCCGUUCCUCGGUUUUCGGCACGUCCACAAACCUCUUCAAUGGAAGUUAAUAUGUCAUCAGGAGAGUCCACUGAUAAGGAAUCAGACACCGUUAGUUUAGUAGAUAGUUUAGAAGACACUUCGUCACUGCGAACAGACCCCAUGCAGAACGAAGUGACUGCUAACAAAAGUGACAUAUCGUUAGAGCUUCCCGAUAAUAGUGAUAAGAAACCUAGCAAACCUACCGCGUUUUUUAUCCCGAUUAAAAUCGAUGCACGAACUGAAUUUAAACCAGUUUCGGAUCAUUUGCCCCAAAAAGUUAGAGACCGGCUUAUUAGAAGACAGCAGAAAAGAGAAGAAAGGAAUAGAAGCAAGCAAAGUUCAUCUAGAUCUGACAGUAAUUAUAUUAGUGCAAGUGAAAAUGGUAAUCACAUUCAUUGUAUCGUUGAUAACGGUGCCGAUAUCAAUUUAAAUAGUGUACCACUCCCUGAAGUCAAUUAUGGAAAAAGUAAAAAACGAAGCAAACCGCUUCUGCCUAGCAUUGAGUCUUUUAGAAGAAUCAAAAUCGAUGACCAAAAAUCGGUCAAACGCAAAUCAAUUAAAGACGAAAACUACACAAAAUCCAAACAAAAACAUUGGAUCCCGAAAGUCAAAAAUAAAAAUGAAAAGUUGACCCCUUUGUACACUUCCAAAAAUGAAUAUGUUUACGACUACGGCCCUCGCAGAAUUUACCACAAGACGGAGUUUAAUAAUACGAAUAAAAGGAUAGAAAUUUUGGAAAUCAUGGAGUGUGUCGACAAUUCGGAAAAACUGGGCCAACAGUUGUCGAAAAAAUCCAGAAUUCCGGUCCUGAUAAAUCAGAAGUUGCCGAAAAUAAACCAAAAGCAGAAAGUCGAAAAACCGGCUUUUUUAGACUUGGAUUGCGUUCCCAUCAGUGAUCCUAAAUUAGACCAACUCAUCGCAAAUAUAUUAAUAGAAACUUUGAAUAUUCCUGAUAUACAGGCGUCGGUGAGUGGCAGCAAAUCUCCCGUGCAGGAAUCUCAAGCUGAGUCAGCAAAACCGCCGAAGUUUAGUCAAAAAUUUGACGCAAUCCCUGAGGAAUUGUCCUUACAAUCGUCAACAGAAAAUGACAUUUCGAACAAUAACGAAGUUAAUCCAACCGAAGAAAAGACUUCGUACCAAGGCAAAGCGGCCGUUGCUGUUGUCAAAGACGAAAACUUUUCUUCGAUUCCUAAAGGUUGGAUUACGUUUUACAUGCUACAUAACAAUCGGGGAUCUCCUGAUAGUACUUCCGAUGAAGGGAAUAAAUUGGCUGAUAAAAAAAAUGAAAGCAAGCAAGAAAUUGAGACUGGGAAUAACAAUGACUUGACAUCGGCCUACAACAAUGUCACUUAUGAUGUUGUCAAAAAAGACAAAUAUGAAUCGAAUGGAAACUGCUCCUCUAGCAGUGAAAUUCCGACGAAAACCUUGCCUCCAACCACCGGUCGAUAUAAAAAAUAUAACCAGAGGAAAAUAAGGCAUAAAGUUAGCGAAACGGAAAAAGUUAAGCAGUUCGGCGAAUGGUCCGUGACAGUAAGUGGGACAAACAGUUACGGCCAGUUUGCCCCAGAUUUGGAAAUGAGUCUAAAAUUCCCAGAUUCCCAAAAGAACUACAAUUGCCCAAGUCAGUCCGAUUCUGGUUUAGGAGAAGAUAAUGAAAAGUCACAUUUUCCAAAAAUCGCUGCAAAGCAAGACCAGUAUAAAGAAGGUGAAAAUAACGAAUUUAUGAAGCAGAGAUUGCCCGACAUUGCCAGAACAAAAAUGCCCAAAAAACAACGGAGAAGCGAUUCCAGCGUUCCAUCUCUCGGGAACUUAUCUUCCAGAAUCGAACCGAGGCAAACUCGGACGAGCACAAGGAGAUAUGAUUUGAGCAGACCUAAAAUUGAUUAUCACAAAUCUGAAACUCCGAGAAAUGCUAUAAGUUUAUUUAAUGACAGUCACUAUGCCGAAAUUUUGAAACGAUUUCCUGAAAUUUUGAGCAUUACUGGUAACGCCAUCAACCAAGGGAAAAAAUAGCGAUAAUGAAAUAUUCUUAAGGAGAACCUGAUAACUGCA